GUUUCCCCUUCGUUUGCGGAUCGAGCUGUCUCUCGUCUUCUGCUCCUCCUCCUCUCCCUCCCCUUCGGUUCUUCUCUCUGGUUCUUCCUCUCGUGGGGUUUGUUUGUUUGGCCGUGGGAUUGAUGGGGGUUUAGCUAGCAUUCGGCGGAUACGAGUGGUGGCAUUACCCCAGGAUUGCGGGCAGCGGAGGAGCUAACUGAUGGGAUCCGGCAGUAGCAAGGACUCGGCGGCGGCGGCGUCUUCGUCGGUUAAGGUCCGAAAGCCGAAACCGAGAAGGAUUAGGGUAUUCGACUCUUCCUGCUUCGGACUCUCCUCCAUUCUAUCAGAUGGCCAUCAGAAGACAGAAGAGAAUGAGAGACCUAAAGGCACCUUUUGUGCUGAUGAAGCAAACAGUAAAUCAAGUGGAGGAAAUGAUGAUGAUUGUGAUAAAGCUGCAGUUGCUUGUCAUAACAAGUUGCCUUUGCUGCAUUCUUCUGAUGUUGAACAAAGUGGAGAAGCUGAUGAGGGUACAUCACAGACCGAACUGGGUCCCAACAGCAGUUCUUCAAAUGCUGUAGUUGAUCGAUCAUCGGGCACUUCUGGCAGGUUACAUUCUCGUUUUAACUUUAUCCCAGAUGGAAUCAGCUUUAGGCUUAACAGAGCAGUCAGUUUGGGUUCGUCAGGGUCCCGUUCUCUCCUCUCUACUGGUCUCUCUGUUCCAAGAAGUGACAUGGGAGAAUAUGUUUUAGUAAAUCUUGAUAGUUCUGUGGAUAGAAAUGAUACACAAAGUGGCAGCACUCUGGAAAUGAGCUCAUCCCAGAAUGCAGGUCGAAUUAAUGCAGAAAGAGAGGCUACAUUUAGUCAAUAUUCUAAUAGGAGCUUUGUAGAAUCCAGGAAUACAAGGCAUUCUCAUAGAAGGCUUGGACCCCAAGAACCUUUGGAAGGUAGUGUAAGGUUUAGCAGAACACUUAGUGUUGGAAGGCUCCGUGAUAGAGUUCUCAGGAGAACUCCAUUUUCUGAUGGUUUAUUUUAUCCUGCUUUCCUGGAAGAUAGGUCUGUGUGGUCCAGUGCGCAGGCUAGUGGAAGACGAGCCUUGGGUGGUGCAAGAAGAACACCUUCUUCCCACAGGAUUAGUGGAUUUUUGUCUGAUUCCUCUAGUAGUAACCUUCGUCGGAUUGCUAGAUCUAUGGAUAUCGGCGAUGAUAGUGUCUCAAAUAGGCGAACCGUGCAUCAUGAUGCGUUGGAGCAUAGAUCAGCUUUCCUUGAAAGGAGAAGAAGAAUAAGAUCUCAGGUUCGUGCUCUUCAACGACUUGGUAGCCGGUUUGAGAGUUUGUCAGGUCAUGACAGAUCAUGUAUUUUAUCUGGUCAGCAUCGAACAGGCCGGUGCACAUGCAGAACAAGUAGACAAACUGCCAAUCCUGAUGAUGACACAAACACUAGGGCAAGCAUAUCAAGAAUUGUUAUGCUAGCUGAAGCACUGUUUGAGGUUUUGGAUGAAAUCCACCAGCAGUCCAUAGCUCUAUCUUCUCGACCAUCUUUUUCAUCCAUCGGUUCAGUUCCUGCACCAAAGGAGGUUGUAGAGUGUAUUCCAAUAAAAAUAUAUAACAAGCCAUCAAAAACCCAAAACGAGGAGGCUGCACAAUGCUAUAUUUGCCUUGUGGAGUAUGAAGAAGGAGAUUGCAUACGGAUGCUGCCUUGCAAUCACGAAUUUCAUCGAACAUGUAUAGACAAGUGGUUGAAAGAAAUUCACAGGGUCUGCCCACUUUGUCGAGGGGAUGUUUGCUCAUCAGAUGCAUUAAACAAGCAAAAGCUCAGUUAAAGGAUUAACGAAUGUUGUACAAUGCAAACAGCGUCCCUGCUCAGCUACAAAUUUACCAGGACCUGUCUUGGCCCCUUGGAGGAACCAACCUUCAGGUUAUGCAGCAUCUUGAUGGGGUUUCCUAGUGGACCUCUCAACAUCAGCUUUGGAUCUGCGUUGGCUCAUUUUUCUAGCCAAAUCUUUGUGUAUGCAACCAUGAGACGGACGAACACGGUUUAAAUUUAGAAACAUUUUGUAGAAGGGACACCAAGAGAUUCAUUGAUUUGUUCAAAAGAAACUAACUCGAUUAGUGUUUCCAGUAAAACGUUUAUCUUACCAGCAUCA